GUGUGUGUGUGUGUGUGUGUGUGUGUUUGUGUGUGUUGUAAUUCCUUCUCUACGUCCAUAAACCUUUUAGGUCUUGUUUUCUUUCUUCUGUCCAUGAAAAUAACAUCAGCUGAUCCAGCAUUGCAACCUAACCCAACUGAUGCCCUGACCUAUUGCAGCAUAACCUAACCUAACCCAUGCCCCAACCUAAUCUCCUGUCCAUGCCGCAGGUGAGCCAGGACGGAGGGUUCAGCUGCGACCACGGCUGGAGCAUGCUGGUGUACUACAGGAGUGCCUAACGGCCCCACCUGUUGCGGGAGACCGGUGAACGCUCUGCCACUGGGAUCAUGAAGGAUGACCUGCUCAUGCUGAACCUCUUCCCAGAGGUGCCCACCAACACCUACUCCAGCAGGAAUGAGAUUAUCUUUGUCAUCGACCGCUCAGGAAGCAUGCAUGGGGAAAAGAUAGAGAGUGCCCGGGCAACACUUCUUCUGUUCCUGAAGAGUCUGCCUCUGGGUUGCCUCUUCAACAUUGUCAGCUUCGGCUCAUCCUUCUCAGUGCUCUUCAAGAAGGGGAGUCGUGUGUACUCAGAGGCAACGCUGCGUGAGGCAUGCCAGCUGCAGGCCGCGAUGAAAGCCGACAUGGGGGGCACAGAAAUCCUGGCGCCACUCAAGGACAUCUAUGACAAGCCACCCAUACCUGGCUACUCAUGACAGAUUUAAGGUACAUGUCGCAUUCUUACUCACAGCAGCAGCGUGAUUUGUCCGAGAGGGAAAAACAAAGAAAAGAAAAUCUGAAAAAUGUUAAAAAUAUAUCUUUCAAGAGAAAGAAAAAUUAAAAACGUGAAAAUGUGAAUAAAAGUAAAAAAAUAAACAAGAAAAAUAAGAUAUUGUAAUACAAUUAUGUAUGUGUGUGAAAACCGUAACGUAAAAAAUAAAACAGAAAAAAGGAAAUAA